AUGUCGCCCGCAGCCGCAUCCAUGGGCUCCGCAGAACGAUCGACGGAGUCGCAGCAAACGGUAUACGGUACCGCUGUCACCGUGGAAAACGGGCAGGAGAUGCAGGAGCCGGCGGAGCAGGAGACCUGCAGGAGACAGGCUAAUCUUGAAGGCUUGCAGCUGGGAUACAGUGUGGUUCCUAGCGAGAAGAGGUUCAUGGUUCUACACGCUUUCCUGAAGAGGAAACAGUCUAGCAAGAAGAUAGAGUGUGCUGAUAUCCACGAGAAACAAGAGCAGCACGACCGAACCGCAACGUUCUCCGCCUUCUGCACGGCAGAGAAGGGUGUCUUGUUAUGCACUAAUGUGGCAGCACGUGGACUUGAUCUUCCUGAUGUGGAUUAUAUUGUGCAAUACGAUCCUCCGGCAGAUGAACCAGAGGAUUACAUUCAUCAUGUUGGACAUACUGCACCUGGUGAUAAAGGAAAAGCAGCUGUAUUGUUAUUCUUACUGCCCCAAGAAUUAGAGUUCCUUAUCUCCCUGAGGGCAGCCAACAUUUAUCUCACAGAACACCAGUUUAACAACAAGAAUGUGCCAAAUCUGCAAGCACAUUUUGAGAAAAUCGUUGGCGAGAACUACUUCCUGCAUCAGUCAGCUCAACAAGCCUACAGAUCCUACAUUCUAGCAUACAACUCACACACCAUGAAAGACAUCUUUAAUGUUCAUGGUCUCAGUUUGAAGGACGUAGCUGCAUCAUUCUGCUUUAGGAACCCUCCAAAAGUGGAUAUUGGCCUGGAGGGCAGAGCUAUGAAGAAAGUAGGUUAUAACAGGGGCGUUGAUUCGAGAGAGAGGCGAAAGAGGCGUCGCAUCAGUGCUGCAGAUCCUUAAUUAUAACUGACAAUUUGCAAGAUUCCAGAGAGGGUCAGAUUUUCGCGGUGGUUUAAGAUGUCGGAGGUGAUAACAGCAGAGCUUUGAACUCACUUGGCUCUGUACAAUUUUGCUAGACGGCUUGAUAUUAUGGCAUCAGAGUUGUAGUGCGGUUUACCUGUUGAAUCUUACUAUGUAAGCUUAAUCCUUCUUUGCUCUACUAAUUUUACUACGGAGGAGUCCAAAAUUGAGGGAGAAAACUCAGCUUAGAAAUAUUUACAACAACAGCAUCUUGAUUCCUGAGCCUACCACUGACAAAGCAGGGGUGAGCUGACGCGGACUACGUGUGAUUCCAGUCAGGCGAUUACAACCUGUGUAUACAACAUAGGUAAGAGGAGCUGAUGAACUAAGCGGGGGCGCAGGCGAUGCAGGCCAGGUAGAAGAAGACGGCGGAGGCGCCGUCGCCCUGCUCGCCGCCGCCUGCGCCUGCCAAGUAGCUCCGCUUGAAUCUCCCCCGUUCUCCGGCCUCGCUGCACCGCAGCAUCCUCCUCUUGAUCGCCGCGAUGGCGUCUCCACCACCUUGCCUCCUUGUCCUCCUCCUCGUCGCCGCCGUCUCCCUCUUGGUCCCCUCCGUGGUGGCGGCAGCCUCGUCACCUUCGUCGUGUGUAAGCCUAUGCACCAUCUCGAUCUACGUGUGUGGAGUCUAUUUGCUGAGCGCCUCACUCUGUCG